AUGGCUGUGUCUUUCUCUCUGUCUCCCAGUCUCCCCCACCACAGCUGCAGCAACAGCAGCAGCCAGCUACUCCAUCCGUCACGGAACGGAUACAAGCAAGUCUUCUUCACCUUAGCCACCCCCCCCCCCCUUCUUCGAUACCCUACACGAAUACCGGGUUACCUGCGUUCGCCGUACUUCUAUGCCUCUCAACCUGAGGAGAAUCGCAUGCCGGCGUAUCCUCACCCUACCCUACCUGGACCCGACCUCCCACCUCCAAUCUCUCCAAUUGAAUGGCCUGGAACGACGGCCGUGGAAGGGGGGUGGAUCACCAAAUCAUCACUAAACACACCACCACGACCGUCUUUCGACUGGCCUACCUUACUCAACCUUCCAAACUUCCCGUCCCGUCCACCACGAACCAGCCCAGACCAGGCCAGGCCUGACAAGGGCACUGUGUCCCUGCACGUUCGACACUUUUUUCUCUCUUCGGGGAUCCUGUACAUCUCGCACCUCGACCUUGACCUCGAUUUUGACACGCUCAACUCACCUCAACCCCUCGACAUCUCUCCACGACUGUACUUUUCUUUGAGGAGAACGAGAAGCGGCAGCAGCAGUAAGAGAACCAACAUAUCGUUGCUCCCAGGUACUCAUCCUCUGGGAGGGGCAGGCAAAAUCUCUAUCUCCAACAACAAGAUCGACGUUGCUGCAGCUUCUGCCUCUACUCCCGUCGCUCGUUUUCGCUUUGCGCCUACGCCGCACCCCCCCUCCGACCAUCACCCUCACCCGCAUUCACAGCAUGUAUGGCCGGCGAAUGACUCGACACCAGUCAGAUUCAAGAUCCAGCGUCGCGAACCAGAACAGAGGCAUCACUAG